UGCGUGAUUCUACUAAUUGCAUGGAACUUACAGGUGAACGGUCAGUUAAAGAUCAAUAUUUCAAGAGAUAUUUUUUAAUGCAUAUAACUAUUGAUCUUGCUAGGUUUGUUGACAAUUUUCGAGUAAGUAAAGAAGUAUUUCUUAUGUUACUACAAGAAAUGGAGCCAAAGAUGAAAAUGCCAUAUCGAAACACCCACAUUCCUGGUCAUAUUAAGCUAGCAACAUUCUUGUCGUUUGUUGCUACUGGUGGUUACCAAAAUUGUGUUGGAAAUGAAGUAACAUCUUCGAUUUCAAAGUCAAAGGUCUCCGUUAUAAUAAAUGAGUGUCUCACUAUAUUUGAUAAUUAUUUAUGUCCGAAAUGGAUUAAUUUGGAAAAGUCGUCCAAUGAAGAAAGCGAAUCAAAAGAAUGUUUUUAUAGAACUGGUGGUAUACCCAGCGUAAUCGGAUGUGUUGAUGGAACGCAUGUUCGAAUUAAAUCCCCGGGAGACGACUUAAAACAUCUUUACUAUAACCGAAAAGGAUUUUAUAGCAUUAAUGUUAUGGCAAUUUGCGAUCAUAAAAUGUUUAUUACAUACGUUGAUGCAAGACAUCCAGGAGCCAGCCAUGACUCAUUUGUUUGGAAUCAUAGUUCUGCCGACCACUAUUUUAAAACCCUAUUUUUAAAUGGAAAAAGGAACUUUUGGUUGCUUGGCGAUUCGGGAUAUAAACUCCUUCCAUAUAUGCUAACGCCUUAUGGGAAUCCAACAGAGCCAUGGCAAAAAAAGUUCAAUGAAAAGCAUUCGAAAACAAGAAACAUUAUUGAACGGUGUUUUGGUGUUUUAAAGAAUCUUUUUAGGUGUAUAAUUGGAUCCAGAGGACUAUUUUAUAGUCCCGAAAAACCACCAAAAUUAUAA